AAUUAAAUAGACUUCAUAUCUUGGUACUAACCAACCAAUCAAAAUAUAACGAUUGUAACUAGUGAGACUACGUGCAAUAUUACAAAACUUGGGAAUUUUGUGUUAGAAUGAACGAAAUGUUAAAUAUGCAGUUUAUCUAUUUGUGAUAAUUCUUAGGUUUGUACAUUGAAGAACUUUCUUAUCCGCCGAUCUGUCAAAAAAUGUAAAUGUUAAAUUGUGAUUGAAGUUUGAGACUUUUAACAUACGGUAAUGUUAUCAAACCAAGUUAUCCGAUUAAGUCGGAAUAUUGGGCGGAUGUAGAAAGAAACCUUUUAAGCGAUAUUGAAAUAUACCAUUUAUUUUUUAAAUGCCACUAUGGCUCUCCGCAAAGUAAAAGGAAAUUUCGAACGCAUGUUUGAUAAAAAUCUGACCGACUUAGUCCGUGGAAUUAGGAACAACAAGGAAAAUGAGGCAAAGUAUAUUGCACAAUGUAUAGAGGAAAUUAAACAAGAGUUACGGCAAGACAAUGUUGCAGUUAAAGCAAAUGCAGUUGCAAAGCUAACAUAUCUUCAAAUGUUGGGAUAUGAUAUUAGUUGGGCUGGUUUCAAUAUAAUCGAGGUAAUGUCCUCUGCAAAAUUUACGUAUAAACGUAUUGGUUAUUUGGCAGCAAGUCAAAGCUUUCAUGCAGACACAGAACUUUUGAUGUUAACUACCAAUAUGAUCCGCAAAGACCUAAAUAGCCAAAACCAAUAUGAUGCAGGGUUGGCUUUAAGUGGUUUAUCAUGUUUCAUAAGUUCGGAUCUUGCACGUGAUUUAGUUAAUGAUAUAAUGACAUUAUUAACUUCUACGAAACCAUAUUUACGCAAGAAAUCUGUGUUAAUGAUGUAUAAAGUUUUCUUGCGAUUUCCAGAGGCCUUAAGGCCUGCUUUUCCUAGAUUAAAAGAAAAAUUAGAAGAUCCAGAUAGUGGUGUACAAAGCGCUGCAGUGAAUGUAGUUUGUGAGUUAGCAAGGAAGAAUCCGAAAAAUUAUUUAAGCCUAGCACCUGUUUUUUUCAAGCUUAUGACAACAUCUACCAACAACUGGAUGUUAAUAAAAAUUAUCAAACUGUUCUCCACUAUAACACUGAUUGAACCAAAAAUGGGUCGGCGACUCACUCAACCUCUAAUUGACCUGAUUUCAAGUACAUCAGCAAUGUCCCUGUUAUAUGAAUGCAUAAAUACAGUAAUCGCUGUAUUAAUUUCUAUUUCAUCGGGAAUGCCAAACCAUUCUGAUUCAAUUCUGUUAUGCGUCCAAAAGUUGAGAAUAUUGAUAGAAGAUUCAGAUCAAAAUUUAAAAUAUUUGGGAUUAUUAGCUAUGUCGAAAAUUUUAAAGACUCAUCCUAAAAGUGUGCAAGCUCACAAAGAUCUUAUAAUGCAAUGUUUGGAUGACAAAGAUGAAAGUAUAAGACUGCGUGCCUUGGAUUUACUAUAUGGAAUGGUUUCGAAGAAAAAUUUAAUGGAAAUAGUUAGAAAAUUAAUGGUGCAUAUGGAUAAAGCUGAAGGCACAGCUUAUCGUGAUGAAUUACUUUCCAAAAUUAUUCAAAUCUGUUCUCAAAAUAAUUAUCAAUUUGUUACUUAUUUUGAAUGGUACAUAUCUGUAUUGGUUGAACUCACUCGAAUGGAAGGAACUAAGCAUGGACCAUUAGUAGCAAUUCAAUUACUUGAUGUAGCAAUUCGUGUACAAGCUAUACGAAAAUAUGCAGUUCAUCAAUGUGCCUUACUGCUAGAGGACUCUUAUCUUUUAACAGGACAACCUAGAGCAACAAUGUCUGAAGUUUUAUAUGCAGCUGCAUGGAUUUGCGGAGAGUUUUCCAGUGAAUUAGAAGAUCCUCUAGCAACACUACAAUCAAUGUUACGAUCACAAGCUUCUAGUUUGCCAGGACAUAUUCAAGCUGUUUAUGUUCAUAAUAUUUUGAAACUUGCUACAGCAACGUUAUGCAAAGCUGAAAAAGAUGGAGAUACUGAAACAAUGACACAGAUUUAUGAAUUGAAAGAUAAAAUAGCAGCUUUUGUAUGCAGUGGAGACUUAGAAGUACAAGAAAGGUCUAGCUCUGCAAUGGUUUUACUAGAAUGUUUGAAGGAAUCUCCUGGUUUAGCACAAGAAUUGAUGGACGCUUUUGAAGGAGAGCUUAAUCCUGUUGCUCCUAAAGCACAAAGAAAGGUGCCAAUUCCAGAAGAUCUGGAUUUAGAUUCAUGGAUUAAUGAUCCGCCGUCAGAAAGUUCAGAUUCAGAAGAUUUAGAUAUGAAUGAUAUUUUCAUUAAGACAGAGAAAAUUAACGACUCUUAUUCUAAACGAGACUUUAAUGAACCUUCAGCAGAAGAACUUCAAAAACGCCGUGAGGCUAGGAAAUUAGAACAACAAAAUAAUCCACAUUAUUUGAAAGGCACUUUUAAGAACUCUACAUCAUAUCAUAACUCAUCUAAUAUUUAUGAAGAGUUUGAUAACAUUCCUGUUGCGGAGUUGGAUAUUCCAGUGUCUUUAAAAAUUACUAACAAUCAUAAAAGAUAUAAGGCACAUGGAAAGAAGAAAAAGAAAUCUAAGAAAAAUAAGAAGUCUGCUUCAGAAGAUGAACAAGAUGAUUAUCCUAUUCAAGUAGUCAAUACCGGUGUAGGUGAACUACCAUCAGGUGCAGAGAUAAGUGAUAGUGAUGAAUAUGAUUUAGUAGAUGCAAAUGAUCCACACAGAGCUUUAAAUAUUGAUUUAGAUAUGCCGCUGAGGGAUGAUGAAAGGUUACCUGUUUUGGGACAUAGAAUUGAAAGUAAAGCAACUCAAAAGAAUGUUGAAGCUAAAGGAAAAAAGAAAGAAAAAGGUCAUAAGAAAUCAAAAAAGAAAGUUAAAGAAGUUAGGAAAAAGGAGGAAUAUGACAAUCAAUUGAAACUCACUGAUAUGUGGUUGGAAAAUAACAUUUCAUCGGAAAAAAUUCAACCUCCUGUCACCAGUGAAUAUACAGAAGUGUUUAGUGAGAAAGACUCAGAGCAGAAAGAGGUUAAGCGUAAGAAAUCAAAAAGUCAGGAGAAAUACAAAAAAACAGAUGAUGACACGAAACAUCGAAAAUCAAAGAAAUCUAAAAGUAAAAAAGAGAAGAAAUCUUCAGAUUAUGAGGAAACAGCUGGAAUCUCAACACCGUCGAAAGAAAUAAUCCCAGAUCUGAGAUACAAUUUUAAUAAUUCUGAAGAAAGUACAACUUUGGUACAACCAUUGACUUCAUAUGAGGAAUUAGCUAAAAAUAAAAUGCUUUCUAUAAUGUAUGAAUUAAAACAAAUUCCUCACGAGUCAAAUAAAUUAGUUGCGUCAAUACUUAUUACAAAUAAUUGCCAGAAAUUUAUAAAGGAGUUAGUUUUCGAUGUUUCAGAUACACCUUCAUUAAGGUUAAUGAGAAAUCUUGGGGAUGAAUUUGGUAUAAAACUGCCAUUCCAACUACCCCCUCAAACUAGUAAAGAAACAGCAUUUACUAUUUUAAUUUCGGAUGUAACUUUUUCUCAGAGACUGAGAGGUACUCUUACAUAUAUGUUAGAAAACAAAGAAAGUACAUUGCAAGAAAAACUUGAUUUUGCUAUGCAUCUGACAUGCAGUAAAUUUAUGGUUGGUCAUCUCUCACAUAAAGAUAUAUUGACUGAAUUGCUUAAAAGUGGUCAGCUUAUACAUAAAGUUAAAACAGAAGUUAAUCUUUCUCAAGAUUUCGAUGUAAUUUUAAAUUUGAUUUGUUACAAAUGUAAUCUCACUCUUGUGGAACAAAUUAAUGAUACUGCUUCCCUGUAUGGGCACUCUUUAAAAGGACAUCAUGUGUGCCUUUUAUUAAAAUAUAACAAAUCUGGCAAUUUGGUAAUUGAAGGUAAAGGUGACAAUAAUACAUUACUGUCAGGAAUUACAGAAGAAAUUUUAAGGAUCCUGGCAUAAUGUUGGCAAAAAACGAAGUGUUUGUACUUUAUGAUUUCUGUCACUGCAGUCAUGUACAUUGCAAUACUCAACUAGUAAGACGAACAUUUGACAGCAUUCAUUACAUCUAAAAUAAUGGCUAAAAUUUGUUUGCAAACUUAUUAAAUAUUUUCAGAGAAGAAACUUAUCUAAACUCUACAUCUAAUUUACAUAAUAAAAUUUGUUACGUAUACAUAUGAACAUAUAUAUGUAUAUGCAUAAAUAGAGACGCAUAUGUGGUUAAGUACAUAUAUGUGUGUGAAUUAAGAUUUUAACAAAAAGAAAGAACUACCGUGAAAAAUACUAUCAAGAAUUGAAGAUAUCAGAAUGGAAGUAGUUCAUUUUACUUAUACGUACUUGCAAUUUAUAAGUUAAUGUGCAAUAAUAAAAUAGUAAUUAAAUGAAAUGAAAUAUUUUUUUUAUUAUCUUGGGGCAUUUUACAUACGAUUUCUUUUAUGCAAUUUAUUAUUUGUAAAUAUUAUCUCACUAUUUUCGAAAUAUUUUCAGUUCAGUAAUUGUCUUAAAUAUCUGUUAACUCAGGUUUUAUAUAAAUGUAAAAUGUGUAUAGUUUAUAAUACUGAAAUGUUGAAUCAUCUUGGCAAAGUGAAGACAAGAGCAUAUAAGUAUGCGAAAUAUUUUUAAGAGUAUUCUUGUAAAAUAUUGUAAUGGAAAAAUUACAAAUUGCAUAUUAAAAAUUAACUACUUUGUAAAUUGAUAUCUUCAAUUUUAUGUUAUUAGAAAAUUACUAACAUAAUUAUAUUGUUGAAUUCCUUCUUAAAUUGUAAAAUACACCCUGGACAUUCACGAACUGUGUGAAUGUACAUCGAUGUUUUUCAGCGAAUCGUAUACUUCCUGCAUGUAAUGAAUUUGUAAUAUCAAUAAUUUAAUACGUAUAAGAACUUAUGAUAAGUAUAUAAAUACGUAAAACAAUAACACAAUGAAACACCAAAUGUAAAUAGCUGACACUUGUAUCCUAUAUUGAUGAACAACAUUUUUAUUUUAAAUAUCUUUUAAAAACGAAUUUCAUUUAUACGAAAAAAGUAUCUUUUGUUAAACAGUUAUUUAAUUAUAUAUGACUUUUUCUGUAUUCUCGUAUAACGAUUUGUUUUAAAGAAUAGUCGGUUAUAUCAAUGUAUAUGGAUAACCGUUAGAUAAUGAAUAUCAUUAAUAGUAUAAGCCUGAAAACAAUUUUUAUGAAUCAGGUACGAUAUCUCGGUUUUUUGAUAGGUGUAAGCAAAAUUCAAUUUUUGGUAACUCACGUUUCUGAUACAACAUUUUUUUAAUAUUCAUUAUUCGUGCAAAGUGUUAAACUUUCUUCUUUCCUAUUAUAUUAAUAUUUGAGAACAUGAGUUUUGUAAAAAACGUUUCUGUGCUCUAUUACAAUGACACUUGUUGUGCCAAAAGUAAUUAAUCAAUAAUAAUUUUGUUUUUUAAGCAUAACAUAAAAAGUACAUUUAUAACGUUAAUCUUUUACUUUACAUUUGCAUUUACACGUAUCAUGAAACAUAUUAUGAGUUCAUGAAAACAAAGAAUGUUUUACAUUAUUUGUAGUUUAUUCGUUUAAUAAUAAUAAUAAUCUGUUACAUUUAUGCAUAACAAAAUUUUCUUACUCUUUGUAUUUAGAAUAUAAAAAGAAAAUAGAAUUAACCCGUUUAAAAUAUAUUUUA